AUGCCCACUAAUCUAGCGGAUUUGGAUUCCAAUACAAAUCUCUUCAGGCUCGCCCUCAUUGCAGGCAUCACAUCACAUGUUGGGUAUUUCCUUCAUGGAGAGCAUCACAGAGGCUGCUAUCAAGUUGUCAAGACAUACUUUGCUCUUGAAAUAAUCCUCGCUGGUCUUCUUAUCCGAAAGAAUGGUCAUGAUCUCACAACAUCCGCCAUCCAGGCGGCGAUCGUGACCGCUGCAUACUUGCUGGGCCUUUUUGGGGCCAUGGGUCUAUAUCGAGGAUUCUUCCACCCUCUUCGGCGGAUUCCAGGGCCUUUCCUGGCUCGAUUCUCCAAUUUAUAUCACUCCUCUUUGCUGGGGAACUCGGAUAACUAUCGUGUUAUGUACAAUCUGCACAAAGAACAUGGUCCGAUUGUACGAACUGGCCCUUCAAAUUUGAGCCUGAAUUCCCCAGAGGCAGUUCAGUUAUUAUACGGACCAGACUCGCAGUGCGGCAAGACUGCGUGGUAUGAAGUUUCACUACCAUUGCAGAACUUGCACACUGUCCGCGACAAAAAGGUGCACGAGACCCGUCGGAAAGUCUGGGCUCGUGCAUUCUCACCAAAGGCAUUGACCGAAUACGACGGACGCAUCGCCGAGUACUCGGAUUUGCUAUGUCGGCAAAUUGCGGAUCUAAAUGGAAAAUCGUUUAACGCAACCCGCUGGUUCAAGUACUACGCAUGGGACGUGAUGGGUGAGCUUGGCUUCGGCAAGGGAUUCGAGAUGCUGGAAAACGAAAAGAACCGCCACGUACCUGAGCUCCUCGAGGAGGGGAUGGCCCACAUCGCACAGCUACAAGUCGUCCCUUGGCUAGUUAUCCUACUGCACAAACUCCCUUUCGCUGCUAAAGGCCCCAAACAAUUCGCAACUUUCUUCACCGAACAAGCUAUGCGUCGCGUCAAGGAGCCUCCUGCUAAGCCAGACGUGCUGAGAUAUCUGGUCGACCACUAUAACAACAGCCCGAAGGCAGAUUCUGACUUCCAGUGGCUCCGUGGCGAUACCCGGCUCUUUGUCGUCGGUGGAAGUGAUACCACUGCAUCGACCUUGACGCACAUCAUGUACUAUCUUGCUAGCCAGCCGGGGCAACUCGCGAAACUGCGCGCCGAGGUUGAGCCACUCUUGGUAGGCCGUACUACCCUGGACCCUAAGGAUGUCGGCGAGGCCAAGCAUCUGAAUGGUAUCAUUCACGAAGUCCUCCGGUUGCACCCUCCUAUCCCCUCUGGCUUCCCGCGACUCACGCCUAAGGAGGGUAUUGUGGUUGAUGGCACCUAUAUCCCCGGAGAUACGACUGUGACGGUGCCCCUCUGGGUGAUGGGACGUUCUGAGGAAGUCUACGAGUCCCCUCUCGAGUUCAUCCCCGAGCGCUGGUAUUCCCGGCCAGAAAUGAUCAAACAUAAGAAUACGUUUGCUGCCUUUGGUCUUGGUCCUUACGGAUGCAUCGGUCGAGCAUUGGCGCUCAUGGAAAUGCGUAAUGUGAUUUGCCAUAUUAUUUCUCGUUUCGAGUCUAUUGAGAUGGCGCCGGGUGAGGACGGUUCCCCGCUGAUGAGCAUGACCAAGGAUCACUUCACGAUGGGUAUUCAGGGGUUCCAAAUGGUUUUCAAAGCCAAAUAG